AUAUUUUCAGAUCAUAAUUAGGUUGGCUGGAUUUAGAAAAUGUCUGGGAACACGCUUCAGAAAGCCAUUGAUCUCGUCACAAAGGCCACUGAGGAAGACAAAGCUAAAAACUAUGAUGAGGCUUUAAGGUUGUACGAGCAUGCAGUAGAAUAUUUCCUGCAUGCGAUUAAGUAUGAAGCACAGAGUGACAAAGCCAAAGAAAGCAUCAGGGCCAAGUGUAUUACCUACUUGGAGCGAGCAGAAAAACUAAAGGAGUACAUAAAGGGUGGAAAGAAGAAACCGGUUAAGGCUGGGAGCAGUAAUGACCACGAGGGUUCAGAUAAAAAGGGUGAAGACUCUGACGAUGACGGAGAAAAGAAGAAGUUCCAAAGUAAACUGGAGGGAGCCAUUGUAGUAGAGAAACCUAAUGUUAAGUGGGAGGAUGUUGCUGGGUUAGAGGCAGCUAAGGAAGCUUUAAAGGAGGCAGUUAUUCUUCCCAUAAAGUUCCCUCACCUUUUCACAGGGAAUAGGAAACCUUGGAAAGGAAUCCUUCUGUUUGGCCCACCAGGAACUGGUAAAUCGUACCUAGCUAAGGCAGUUGCUACGGAGGCGAACAAUUCGACGUUCUUUAGCGUGAGUAGCAGCGACCUUGUGAGUAAAUGGUUGGGAGAGUCGGAGAAGUUAGUAAAGAACCUCUUCGAGAUGGCCAGAGAGCAGAAACCCUCUAUCAUAUUCAUAGACGAGGUGGAUUCAUUGACCAGCUCAAGGUCAGAUAAUGAAUCUGAAUCAGCACGACGAAUAAAAACGGAAUUCCUUGUACAGAUGCAGGGGGUUGGGAACGAUAUGGACGGUAUCCUUGUUCUAGGUGCCACAAAUAUCCCCUGGGUUCUUGAUGCAGCAAUCAGAAGGAGAUUCGAGAAACGAAUUUAUAUUCCGCUGCCGGAAGAAAACGCCAGAACUUCAAUGUUUAAACUGAACAUGGGAACUACUCCUAGCAGUUUAAGUGAACAGGAUUACAGAAAAUUAGGAAGCCAAACCGAGGGAUAUUCUGGUGCAGACAUAUCUCUUGUGGUUCGAGAUGCUUUGAUGCAGCCGGUUAGAAGGGUUCAGUCCGCUACUCACUUUGUUAAAUGUUCAGGUCCCUCUAGAACAGAUCCAAGUCUGAUUGUUCAUGACCUGCUGACUCCUUGUUCUCCUGGAACACCUGGAGCACUAGAGAUGACAUGGUUAGAUGUUCCAAGUGAUAAACUACUAGAACCUGUGGUAAGUGUGACAGAUAUGCUAAGGUCCCUCGCCACUCAGAAACCGACCGUCAACGCCGGCGACCUCAAGAAGUUGGACGAUUUUAGAAACGAUUUUGGCCAGGACGGAUAAAUUGGGUUUCUUCGUGAUAUUUAUUCCCAGCUUUUAAAUUGUAAUAUUUUGUCGCUGUACCGUACUUACUAAACUGUACACCGAGUUGUACAGAAAAUUCCCAUCAUUUUUCACCUUGAUUAUCAUCUUCCUCAUUUUCUAAUUAAUAUGCAUUCACUCGCAAUGAACUAUGAUUUAAUUUCUAAGAAAACAGACAUAAUUUCAA